AUGGCCCACACGCUAUAUUUCCCUCUUCUCCUCAUUGCUCUCUGCUCCGUAUCUGAAUGUGUUCAGCGUCAAUAUCACUUUAUAAAUGAGAUGAAGACCUGGACUGAUGCUCAGAGAUACUGCAGAGAGAAUUACACAGAUCUGGCCACUGUUGACAACAUGAACGACACAAAUGAGCUGAUGAAGAGUGUGAAUGAUGUACGUCUCUGGAUUGGUCUGCAGAGGAAAUGGCAGUGGUCUUCAGGUGAUCCUGCACUCUUUCUGAACUGGGGAAAUAAACAGCCAGAUGGCACAGAUGAGUGUGCUUUUAUGAGAAAUGGAGAGUGGCAUGAUAUGAAAUGUAGUGACACCUGGUUCUUCGUAUGUUACAACAAUAAACUGAUUGUGAUCCAGCAGAAUCUGUCUUGGUCUGAAGCUCUGAGAUACUGCAGACAGAAUCAUGUGGAUCUGGUCUCGGUUCAGUCAGUGGAGAUGCAGCGUCGUGUGACGAACGUGGUUAAACUGGCGUCUACUGAGGCGGUGUGGUUGGGUUUACACAACUUCUGCAGCAUAAACACGUGGCUCUGGGUCAGUGGAGACAUGGUGUGCUAUCAGAACUGGGCUCCAGGGAAUGGCAGCAGACCAGAAAACUGCAAACUGGAGAACAGAAAAGGAGCAGUUCAGUCUGGAGGAGAUCAGACCUGGAUCAGCCUUCCUGAAUCUCACAGACUCAACUUCAUCUGCACUAACUACUGA